AUGGCUCUCAGAGUAGCUCUCAUUCUAGGUGCUGGACCAAAUGUCGGGAUCAAUGUUGCCAAGGCCUUCGCAGCACAGGGUUACAAAGUGGCAAUUGUUUCUCGAUCCAGAAAGGACAAUGAGGACACUAGGCAAUUUUCCCAAGUCCAGGCGGAUUUCGGGGACCCGACCUCGAUCAAGGACAUAUUUGCUACGGUGACACGCGAACUGGGUCAUCCCAGCGUUGUGGUCUAUAACGAAUACAAGACGUCGGGCUACAAGUUUUACUUCGCGGACCAGCGCAAAUCUGACGGAAGCCCGGUAUAUGGCGCCAUUAGCGGCCCGGCUCACGGCUCUUUCCACACGGAGCUCGCUGCGCAGCAGUCCCAAGGGCCAUGGAACGCAAUCUUUGUUAAGGACCAAGGCUAA